AUGGUACAAAAAAAUGAAGUUGAAUUUCCAGGUAUUACAAUUUGUGCACCGACUAUAUUUACACCGAAAUUAUUAUCAGAAUUUUAUCCAGAAUUAACUAAAUUCAUUAAUGAAAAUAUGAACAAUAAACAAUCAGAUUUGCUUCAUAAUACAAUAAAGUAUUAUGAAUCAAAAAUGUUGAACAGAUAUUAUAUUUUAGAAAUAUUAGAUGAAUUUAGUGUAAAAAUUGAUAAUGUAAUACGUUCAUGUCGUUAUAAACCAAUAAGAUAUCGUUAUAUAAAUCAAUCAUAUGGUUAUGUUCCCGAAUUAAAUUGUUCAUUAAUAUGGCCAGUAUUGGACAGUAUAUAUGCAGGUAAAAGAUGUUGGACAUAUUUUAGUAGAAUGUUAAAUAAUAGUGAAGAUUGGAAACAUCGUUUACCUAAUGUUACUUCGAAAAUUAUGCUAAAAAAUGAUUCGCCUGAUAAAUUUAUUCAUCAGUAUGAUUAUAUUAAAUUAUGUAAAAAAGUUUUCACACGAAUGAUAUUUGAUUAUAAUCCUUCCAUUACUAUUGAAUUGGAACUUGCUGAUGAACAAUGGAAAAAUUGGGCAAAUCCAAGAGAAAUUGGCAUAGCUGUACAUCCAGCUGAAAUAUUACCCGAAUUAAAACAUUUUGUUUAUUAUAAAUUAAAACGUAAUCAUAUGAUGGAAAUUUCAUUUAAAAAACGUAUAAUUAAUGAAACAGGUUAUAAUAAGAAUUGUCGUAUGUUUACAAAAAAUCAAUAUGGAAACAAAACAUAUCAAUCAUAUGAUGAAUGUGUUAAUCUUUGUAUUAAUUUGAAUUUAUUUUUUUCAAAUCCAACUUGUUUUACUUAUUUUCAAAUGAUUACAAAGAUAACUAUGCUUGAAAAUCAAGAAUAUUUUCAACUUUGUCCUCAUGAUAAACAGGAUUAUCUGUUAUAUCUUCAAUAUAGAAAUUAUUGUAUUGAAAAUUGUGAUAAAGAUU